AUGAAAAUAGUCAAACAAAGUCGAGUUACCCGCAAGUUUAAGGGCCCUCGAGGACUAGACGCCCAGGCAAUGGACUGUGCAGACAAGUUAGAGCAAAGGCUGGAUCUGAUUGAAAACAGUGUUGGGGAACUGGAUGGUGUAGAAAACUUAGUCGAUAAACUUCGAGUGAUCUCAGGGGAGAUGAGGCGCUUGUGUGGGACUGGCGCGCGUUGCUCUGAAUUCCUUUGGCAACUUUUGAACACAUUUGCUAAAAACGAAGAGCGAGAUACCACCAAAGAGCAAGAAGUGGAGUUAUCUGCGUGCGUCGGAUCGCUCAACCAAACACUUUCUCUACUAUCCGAUCUGGAGAUCGUUUGUAGUAGCAGCGUGGACCGCCUAUUAUCAUGUGGUUUACUGCAAAAUUCGAUGAAACAAGAAUCUGUUUCAGCCGACAUCUCCAACAUUGGUAUACUGUACUCCCAGACUAUGAUGCUUAUCGUUAGAACUUUAGGCAUUGCUAGACGGUUCAUGAAUUUAAAUCUGGAAGCCAACGACUUUUGGACUGAUAUUCAAUCGCGCAUCUGUAUGGUUGAAGGUAAACUGCAUGCUAUACAAAGCUCAAACAAUAUUUAA